GAUUUGUUCUAUGUGUGUUUUUGUAACAAGUAUGAAUAUCAUUAAUUUUCAAGUGGGUGUUAAACUACCUUAACCACGCAACACCCGCUGAAUGAGUGCACAUGUGAAUUAGAGAUUGCUCUUAGAAAACUGAAGACAAGCUAGUAGGGAUAGAUGAUCUACACCACUCUGAGUAAUGUAUUGCCUUGGAUGUGGCAGUGACAUAGCUGAUAAACUGAAGGACAGCCGGAAUGUGAACACCUCAAGCUCUGAAAACGUUGCAGCAGUAUGGAAAGCGUUCUUAGAAAAUGAAGACCAGCAGGCUGUUGCAGAUGUCGACAGCAUCCUCAAUGGUGGAGACAGCCAAAGAGUGCCCAAGAUGUGCAAGAAUUGCUUCUAUUCUUACAAUAGGUACACCAAACUUCAUGACAAACUCCAAGAAAACAUUAGAAAGGCCGCUGAUGUUUUGGAACUACAACUCCCACUGCCAAAGAAACGUAAGCUUGAUAGUUCACUGUCUUGGCAAACAACUAGGGCUCAGCCAUCAGGAUCUAGCACCCAGUCCCCUGAAGUUGCGAUUAAAGUGUGUUACAAAACUCCAAAAACAUUCCUGCUCACUCCUAGCCGAAAACACAUAGGAAAAGCUAUUGCUCGUAAAAGCAGAAAAAAAGUUGCUAUGGAGGCCUUAAAAGACCCAACCACCAGAAAAUACUUAUUGAAGAUGGUCGGGAUAGAAUUGGCCAAAAAAGUGAAAUGUAUGUCAUCAGAGAGUGCUAACUCUAUCUUGCAGAGCCAGAAUCCUGAUGACCUUAGACAAUUCAGCUGGGAAAUGCUACUGAACGAGCUCUCUAAGUUUGCCCCUGUGUUGAGACAACUCCUGGAUUUAGCCACUAACACCAGAGUCCGCCGUUCCAACACUGAUGCUGUCAUUGGGAUGUGUGCAGCCAUCCUUAUCAACCAUCGCAAUCCAAAGAUGAAUUUGGUCCAACGAAGCAAUGCCCUGGUUCUGUAUGCUGGUCACAGCUCAAAGCAGGUGAUUAAAACGUUCCCACGCCAAACAAAGUUGGCGAAGGCAUCCACCAGUGAUGAUUCGGACACGGACUUAGAUUCUGACUCAUCGUGGAAGAAUUACUCACCCAUCACCUCUGGGUCAGAAGACAAAGGUGAUGAUGAUCUCAGGAGCAACUCCUCUUCAAGUGAUGUGAGUAAUUUUGACAGCAGUGAUGAAGAAGAUACUCCAAAUCAUCCAACAAUGUACCAUUUGGUUGGUGAUAAUGUGGACAAAGGAAUAAAACAGCGGUAUAUGAGAGUUGGUACCAGUAAGCCGGAUGAUAUUCACUACUUCCACUCCUAUGCUGUCGGUGACCGAAUUGACUUCAUGAAUCUCAGUGACCAAGUUAUUCCGACUCUACAGCAAAAUUCUGAACAAGUUGCUGUUUCCUUAUUACCAACAUCUGACGAUGAUCUCGCUCUUCGUAACAACAUGUGUAUUCUCAUGUCCAGAAUCCUCUAUGAAAACAUGGGAUUCUUCAAUCUAGCUUUUGAUGGUGUUGUAGAUUGGCACAUCAAGCAUCAAUUCUAUGACGAGAUGUCAACAAAGUCAAAAGUGCACCCUCUCGGAAUUCUACCUAAAGACGAAAACAAAACCGAGCACAUGAUUGACAUAAUGUCUGAUUUACAGCAAUAUGUUCCUAUGGUGGAGAUGGUCAAGGACUUCUAUAUUCCAACUAUAGCCAGGACUGUGCCAGUGGUGACUGCUCGAGCUUAUCUCUUACAGUUUGCAGGGGACCAAAAGACUGCGGCUAGGGCGAGAGGAGCACAGAAGGCCAAAGUGAAUGAAGUGCCUCCUUCCGGCCAACUGGUUGGAUUAGUCCUCCCUGUUGCAACUGAUUGGCACACAAAAAUGAUAUUGUUGAAUGUAAGGUGCUAAUAUUUAUGUAUAGGGUUUGUAAAUAUUCACCUUUUUCGAUACAGGUUAUCUAGAAGUUUUUCUACUCUUACAAUUCAUCAGGAGACCAUGGUACACUCUACCAGAUCCGCAACAAGCUGAAUCGCACAAAUGUGGUGAAGAGUCCCAAAAAAGAUGUCAAUGCCUGUGAAGACUUCAUUGAGAUAGUGACUGACAGUCUUGUUGUUGUUGCCGCUCUUGCUACCUUUCAACUAAAGUCUGCAAAUGACACCCCUGUUGAGUCCUUCCUUCCGACGGAUAUUUGGACUCUGUCUGACAGUGAGAGACGCGAGUGCUUGAUAAAGCUCUGUGAAAAGGUCUAUGACAAAUUCGUGCAUUUCAGCUACAACACGAGUGUGAGAAUGUUAACAGGUGAUGAUCAAGUGUGUGAGUACUCAGUGCAGCUAUUGCGUCUUGGAUGCUUCUACAUGGAGUUCAAAGAUGCUAUUAGGGAAGGUGAUGGUGAGCGUGUGUUGAGGUGCUGGAAGUACAUGAUACCCAUAUUUUCGGCUUCUGGGAACAGGAACUACGCUUGCGAGGCAGCAAACCUCCUUUUACAACACAAGUACACACUUUCUCCUAGAUUGUCAACACAGCUUAUGUGGAGUCGUUUUGUGAAUACCACUGGCCGACCUGGGAAGAACAUUCCUGUAGACCUACACAUGGAGCACCUAAAUAAGAUAGCUAAAGACGCUAUUCGUUUUCAGGGCUCCAAUCGAUCAAUAAAAGCGAUUAAACGAAUUGGCAGAGCAAUUGGGAUACUUUCUCCAAUGCUUGACAACUUUGACUCUGUCAACCAUGUUACUACUACAUCCAGCAGACAAAGAAAGCCUAAUUCACAGAAGGACAUCCAUGUGGUAGUCAAUGAACUUGUAGAAAGUCAAUCAUUUGUUAUAAUACGCAAGGGAAGAAAGCAUCGUAAAUUUCCCCAUCCAAAGGAUGUUUUGAAUGGCAAAGAGAAGAAAACAAUCGUUGACUGGCUUAUGAGUAAAUUGCCUACCUCCGUUUGAUUGAACCUUGGACUUUACUCAAAACUUAUUAUUUUAUUGGCCUCAUGCUUCAAUUCAUUAUUUUGUUGAUCAACAUUAAUUGAUUAGUUGUUGAAUAACAGAAAUGAAUGAAGAUUUGCUUUACAAUAACCACAAACACAAGAAUGUGCACAUAUAUCACAGCACAU